CAGUGAAACGCGCUUUGCGAAAGUAAGAGUGAGUGGUUGUUGUUGUAAUGAGCAGGGCUAAGUGUUAACGUGGCAUACAAUUUGCGAAGCUCCUCUACGCUUCUAUUAAAUAUAUUUUAUAGCGAUUUUUUUCAACUUUGUUUUGCUUUUGUUUUUGUUUUUGCUUUUUCGCGCUGCGGUUAUUUUUAAAAAUAAUAUCACACUUAUCACUUCAUGGCGUUGUGCGGACUCGUAAGGCGCUCGAGUCUGAGUGGUUGUUCACCCUUGCUAACGAGCAUCACUCUGUUGUUAGUGUUGUUGUUGUGUGUGUGUUUUUGCCGUUAUACAAAUUACACAUUCGCGCUGUGAUGGCAGCUUAACAGUUGUAAAGCGUUUUGCGGUUUUUUGGAUUUCGACAUCAAACCGCAGCAGCCAAGUCGCGUCAGUUAGUUCCCUCGCAAAGGCGUACACCACACCGUUGUUGGAUGGCAAACGAUGCUCAGUAUAGUGGUGUGGCUCUCGCUGUGCAUAAAUGUCGGCAAGGCGGUUAAUGUGCCAAUUCGAAGGACCGCACUUCAACAUAGUUAAACAGUUAAACGGUUAAACGUAUGCAAAUAGAAAGUGAUAAUCUAACUCUGUAGUGACAGAGUCAACGCAACGAAAAACAGAAACAAAAAAUAGAAGAAAAAUCAUAAAAAACAAAGCAAAAAAAACAUAAGUAAAUCAAUCAAGCAGUUGAGAUAACGCACAAUCUGUCACAAAAAAUUGAAGUGAAAAUUGAUAAAAACAGUGCGAGAAGUGCGAUAAGUCAAACAGUAGUGUUCAAUAAUAAUAAAAAUAUAGUGAAAGAAAACUGCCUGUAUUUCCUAGUCUGUGUGAGUGUUCGUUCAAUGGCGCGUUUGGUGAUUUACUUUUUGGUCAUAAAUUCGCUCUUCCUUUGUCAAGAAAGCGGGCGUUUGGUUGGUGGCGGUGGCAGCAGCGGUCUGGCGGAGGCCACCAAUGGCCACGGCAGCCAGCUGGAGGGCCGAGAUCGUCAUCACCACGAACGGGGUGGACAUAUAAGACGCGACCUCAAUCAUUGUUGGCGUCGUUAUGAUGGCUAUAAUUUACAAAGCACAAUGGUCAACAAGAAGGAGCAAAUGAAGAAGCCAUACGGCAUAUUGUGCAACUUCAAAUGUACUUGGUUUUUUACAAUAAACUUUCCCACAUGUGAAUUCAUUUAUGAUUACAAACUUUCUUGCUACUUAUUUACAUCACUGCCGGAUUGUACUACGGUAAAAUGUACGCUUUUAAAUUUUUUUACAUAAAUACUAGUAACAAUUUCCUAGCUAAUUAUAGUUAUAACUAUUUACAAUUAAAAUAUUUUACCAUAAAUAUUUAAUUUAGGUAAAUUUUGUAAAUAUAUUGUUAUAAAAAUUAAAUAUAAAAUUAAU